UCCACAUUUGUAUUGGGAACUAUCCGUGCGCCUCUGUCCCCGCGCAGCCCGACUCUGUGUGAGGCAGGGAGAGAGAGACAGAGAGAGAGAGAGAGAGGGAGCAGGGCACCGGUAAACACUGACACAGACAAACUCCCCGAAGCUCUUUGGAUGUGAUUUUCAACUCGGAUUGGAUUAUUUUUCACCCGGUUUUUGGAGGAUACCUGUUACGUUGCUCUUUUUUGGGGGGGUUGACUGAGACACCACCCCGAGCGUGAGGUGAGCUCAGCAUGAGUCAAGCUCCAGGUGCAUGAAGGAGCCAAGGCCCUGAAAGGAUUAGCUCCUUACCUUUCCCUGUUUGGCACCAAAGAGGAGGGGGGAACAUUGGUUAUCUACUUCUGGAAAAAAGGAACCACAGGAUUGGAUUAAUGUGUGUACAAGCCGGGAAACAGAGCGGAGGAUUCUGGUUACCUGACGGACUCGUGUACAUGAGAGAACUGGCCUAAACUGAGACUGUGGUGGCAGGGAUUGGCAUGGCUCAGACCAGCUUUACGUCAACUCAUCAUGCCUGCCAGGCCUGAUUGCAUGCAAGCGCCUUUGUGAGAACACGGAUAACUACACAACAGUGGAAGGACAGAAAAAUCCCAUUUACUGUUAUGGCAUCUGAGCUUGACUACUCUAACAGUCAUUAGGAUUUGAACGUUAUCAGAGAGCUCAUGUUUGAGAAAUGAUGCUGUUUCUGCUGGCUUAUCUGGGUCUAAAAAGCCUUUAAAAGCAUGAGACUCUGACAGUACGGAAGGGUCGUCAUCAAGAAAAGCAUCAGCUGAACAAACACUGACCACCGCGGGAUAUCACCGUCAAGAUUCCGUUCAAAGAGAAAGAGAAUCGUGAUUGGAUUCCUCCUCGUCUGGCAAGGAUUAACCACAUCGCAUAAAUCAGGGUUUUCAACGGCUUCAAGAUGGUGUAUCAUUGCAAAAUAUUCAUCCUCUUCCUCAUCAGGGUUGCAUUGCUUCUGGGUGUUGCAACUCCCCUGAUGACCUCCGCCUCAUGUCCCUCAGCCUGCCGGUGUGAUGGGACCUUCAUCUACUGUAAUGACCGCGGACUGACUUCCAUUCCCCUUGGUAUACCACGGGACGCUACAGUACUCUUCCUACAAAAUAAUCGCAUUAAAAGUUCUGGUAUUCCUGCGGAGCUACGGCAGUUGAUAUACGUGGAAAAGAUCUAUCUUUACUGCAACAACCUGGAUGAAUUCCCAACCAAUCUUCCUCUUGGGCUGAAAGAGCUUCAUCUUCAAGAGAACAAUGUUCGCAUGAUCACCCACUCUUCUUUAGCCCAAAUUCCUUACAUCGAGGAGCUGCACCUGGAUGAUAAUUCUGUAUCAGCCGUCAGCAUUGAGGAAGGGGCCUUUCGAGACAGCAAUCACCUUAGACUACUUUUCCUAUCGAGAAAUCAUCUAAGCACCAUCCCAUCAGGCUUGCCCAUGAGCAUUGAGGAGUUGCGCUUCGACGACAACCGCAUUUCCUCCAUCUCAGAGCAGUCGCUGCAAGAUCUCAUCAACCUGAAACGACUUGUCCUCGAUGGUAACUUGCUUAACAACCGUGGGAUUGGAGAGAUGGCUUUCUUCAACCUGAUCAACCUGACCGAGCUGUCGCUUGUGAGGAACUCACUGACAUCACCACCGGCCAAUCUACCAGGCACCAGUUUAGAGAAGCUGCAGCUACAAGAUAAUCAUAUUAACCGGGUGCCACCUGGGGCCUUUGCCUUUCUGAGGCAAUUGUAUCGCCUGGACCUGUCUGGAAACAACCUUAGUAGCCUUCCUCAAGGGGUGUUUGAGGAUUUGGACAAUCUAACACAGCUCUUGCUUCGCAACAACCCCUGGCAGUGUACAUGUCGGAUGAAGUGGGUACGUGACUGGCUGCGGUCUUUGCCAUCUAAGGUAAAUGUGCGGGGCUUCAUGUGCCAAGGUCCAGAUAAGGUCAAAGGCAUGGCGAUUAAGGACCUAACAACAGACAUGUUUGACUGCACAGAUUUUGACCCCAGCAUCACAUACGAAACCAGCACCGUCUCUUUGAAUUUGCGCCCUUCAUUGCCCCAGUGGCCGUCGUUCGUAACUAAAAGGCCUGUUGUGAAAGGACCAGACAUGGGAAAAAAUUACCGCAGCACCACCACCUCUUCUGGCAGAAAAAUAAUCACCAUCAGUGUGAAGUCAAGUAGCGCAGAUACGCUGCAUAUAUCAUGGCGGGUGUCCCAGCCCAUGACUGCCCUGCGGCUCAGCUGGCUAAAGCUAGGGCACAGUCCUGCAUUCGGCUCCAUCACCGAAACGAUUGUACAGGGGGAGAGGACGGAGUAUCUGCUUACUGCUCUGGAGCCAGAGUCUUCCUAUAGGAUAUGCAUGGUUCCCAUGGAGACUAGCAAUAUUUACCUCUCAGAUGAGACCCCUGUUUGCAUUGAGACAGAGACUGGAUCGCACAAAUCCUACAACCCAACUACAACUUUGAACAGAGAGCAGGAAAAGGAACUCUUCAAGACUACAAGUCUGCCUCUAGCUGCCAUCAUUGGAGGGGCGGUGGCACUUUUGGCAAUAAUUAUGCUGGCAUUGGUUUGCUGGUACGUCCACAGAAAUGGAUCGCUGUUUUCCAGAAACUGCACGUAUAACAAAGGCCGAAGGAGAAAGGAUGACUAUGCCGAAGCUGGUACCAAGAAGGACAACUCUAUCUUGGAAAUAAGAGAGACUUCUUUUCAAAUGAUACCAAUAAGUCACCUGCCUGUAUCCAAGGAAGAGUUUGUGAUACACACAAUUUUCCCACCAAAUGGCCUGACUUUAUACAAAAGUCCACACAUUGAGAACAGCAUUAACAACAGAAGCUACAGAGACAGUGGAAUACCAGAUUCGGAUCAUUCCCAUUCAUGAUAUUGAACAGAGACAUUCAUGACCAAGUGACUUUAACAGAGUGGGAGAACUUUUACAAAACACUGGAUCUAAGAGACUAAGAAGCAAUGUUCUGUACAUUUGCCAUAUAAUUUAUAUUUAAGGACAUUUUAUUACGACCGAGGACGUUCCAGUUGCAGGUGUCACUGAACCAUCAGUGGGUUAUUGUACUGCAAUUCUAUAUUUUAGGGAUUUGUAGUAAUUUGUACUGUAUUUCCUUUGCUUAAAGUUAUCGACCAACUAAAAGAAACUCUGUGUUCUACUGAGAUAUGAUGACUUGUCAACUGUGAAAGUGGGUUUUCAUUGCUGUGUUGAACAAUCAGACUUUAGAAAACCUUGUAGUAUAAGCACAGGUCAUUAUUUUCACUUUGUGGCUGUCUGAAAAAAAUAUUUCAUGACUGGAAUUUAGACAAAAGCGGUAUAAAUACAAAAGCAGGCAUGUUGCCUUUUCAAAGAAUGAUUGGUCAUAAGUAGUCCCAAUGCACUAAUGACUGAAGAGUUUUGCUUUAGUGAUCACCUACAGUAGGGUCCAGACAACUAAAGAUAAGGUGCCAUGCUUUAUUACUUUAUUGUUUAAGUGUUUUAUAUUUUUGCAUUUGACAGAAAGGCAGUGGCAACCUUGGAGGGUUCUUGUUUUUCCUUAGGAUUGUAGGCCACGGCACAGGGCAGUUAAAGCACACGGACCUUACAAGGCUUUCUUGCUCCACACAAGAAAAUGAGACAGGCCGACACAGAGGACCCCCCCCCACCAUCUCUAUUUACACUAGCCGACAAUGGCCAAUAGACAAUGGCGGCAUUCUUAAGUACCAUGUACCAUACGUCAUUUCAUCGGGCAAAAAAUACAUGUUGGUUUUAUACAGAUUCUCACAGUGUCGGCCAUUCCUUAACACUCUUUUGUAUUAUUAUUCACAUUUACUUUUAAGUUGCCACAAAUUGAAGCUAACUGUUCUUUGAAAAAACCAAAGUGCAUUGUAUGCCCUUUGGCCAGUCUUGUAUGUGCCUUGAUCCAAUGCUUAUUGUAUUUAGCUUUUUAAGAAAACGGUGACUUUUUUUCAUACACACUUGAAUAUGAAAAAUACUGGUCAUAUUACAAAAAAUAAAAGUGGAUAAAAAUACAUUUGGGUUGUCUCUCCAUUGACUUUGAACAAUAGACAUUGAAUCAAGUUUGUGCAACGCGUCAUCAGAGACUGCCGUUAUUUGCAGAGGUGUUUGGGCUAAUAUUUACCAAACUGCAUGAUAAGAUUACCAAGUAUUUUUGUGACUCAUUGAAAAUAAAUAUCAGAAGAGAAAAAAAAAAUCUAAUUGAAUUCAUGUAUCUAAAGUUUUCAAUAUCCGCAGUGCAGAUGCUCCAUGUGGAUAUUUUGAAGAGAGGUGGAACUCAUUUAAGUAAACAUUUGACAUAGGUAAAUAAUGACCUACUAACCUGUUAUGACUUCACCUUC